UUUUGGGGUCCCCCCUCCGUCUUGCAUAUUGGGUUAAGGCUUGUGAAAAGCGGCGGUCAUAAAAUUUAUACGAGGGAGUACGAAAGCGGCGAAAUGAAAACGUGGCUACUUUGGGGCAGUUAAUUUAAAAAAAAAAAAAGUCUAGGAAAUUUGUGAUAAAUGCGCUCUCUGUAAAAAUACAAUGUUUGGAUGGCAAAAGCCCUGGGAAUCCCUGGAAGGCACAAAGAGUUGCGGUUUUCUUGGAGCAGGACGGGGCUAUUUGCAAACCCGAAAGUGGUCGAACCUCCAGUUUCAGAGGCAGUCUACUCUCGAAAGGAACUGCCAAGUUCUGACCUACGGGUGCAGAAUCUGCUACGCUCUGGGGCAAUGCGCGAAUCCCAGAAACCCAUCUGGUAUGAUGUUUACGAGGCUUUCCCUCCCUUGCGGGAGCCCAUUUAUCGCAAUACUCGCCCGUUAGUGGGAAAGACAACAGAUACAGUGCCCCCUAUACUGUACCCGGAGGAUCAGAUCAGAGCGAAAUUUUAUGAAGUCUAUGGAACUGGUUCAGGUAUGUUUGAACUAGCAAGAUCAAAUUAUAAAUCUCCCUGUCAGAGGUUUGUUGAGAAAUACAAUGAACUGAAGAAGAAGCAGGGAGAAAUGGACGAAGACCUACUGUUUGCAGAAACAGGAAAAGCGCUUUUGGCAGAGGGUCUGGUUUUAUCAAGAAAGGGCAAAAAAGUUGCUCCAAUGCCUCCAUCAACCGUGCCUGUAUUAGAGCUUCAAGAGAUACUUCAGCAAGAGGAGGUCAGCACAGAAAAUCCAGAGCCAAAAACAGAGCCCAGCGAAAAGCCAAAGGAAGAAUCCUCCUGAUAACUCUGUGAUUCUGUUUAAACCAGUUUUUAUUGACUGCGUGACCUUUUGACAGACUCUUCUCAGUGUUCUGAUUUUUCUCCUUGUUAGAAAUGCUGAACGUACCAUAGAAAGAUUACAAGAACGUUCUUAUGGCAUGCUUCGGCAAGUCCUGUUUCAACAAACGAUGGAUUUGAUUAUUAAAAUCGUUCUCUGGAAACAUUCGUGCGGUGGAUGUUCUUGCUUUCAAUUAAAGCAGAGAUGAUUUCCCUGUGAAAUAA